AUGACCACAGACGACUGCUUUUGUCUGCGUGUGCGAAACCUUCCGACUGUUCUUUCUAAUGAAGCCAUUACAUCCUUCUUCACUCAUUACGGCGCGAUUCGUGUCCGUGUUUUACAGCAUCGAAAUGCUGCUGCAUCAAGUGGAAAGGAACCAGGUGCAAUGACAUGUCAACAAGCACAAAAAGUAAUUGCCACAUUUGCAACACGUGAAGCCCAGCAGAAUGCUCGACAACGUCUUCAUUUGCUGGAAAUUGCAGGUCAUCACUUGCAAGUGGAAGUCGUUGGGGAGAAAGCUGCAACUACGUCAAGUGAGAGGAAGCCAGAGACUGUGGAGAGUCAUGAUACAGUGUCUUUGCAGAGUCAACUUCCUCCACUACCGAAAGGUUUGCCUCCACCACUUCCACGGACAGGAAUUCCUAUGCAGAAAAACCUCUACGCUCCGGUACCUCUGGCUCCGCAUCUAGGCUUGAAUUAUGCGCCUUCACCCUUGCUCGAGUACAAGUAUCCUAAAGCAUCCGAGAGUAUUGUGCGAAACAUUGCAAAUGCGCUGAUUGCAUUACCUCGCUUCUACACCCAAGUUCUUCAUCUUAUGAACAAGAUGAAUUUACCACCACCAUUCGAGGAAGACGCGAUACCAGGAAGGUUUUCCAUUAAGCAAAGCAUGACUCAGCAAAAGUGCGGAAGCGACCAUUUUCAAAACAAACAUGUGAAGCGCCGCAGGACCGAGGAAAGUUUGUUGACACAGAUCAUCGAAGAAGAAGAAGAAGAGGCAUCCGAUCAUGACGAUGCAAACGAUGCAAACGCGUCAACUAUUGACGCUUACUCACCACUACAAGCACAGCAACAGAGUAAAGAUGUCAGCAAUGGAACAGACAGGAAUCCAAAGGUAGAUCAAAACUCAAACACCUCGUCGCGUCAAGACCCGAUUGAUCUUACCGGCAAACUUUUCACGCAUCGGAACAAAUGCUCGUCGAUCAAGAAGAGCGCUACACUCCACACAGCAUUUCAACUUGACCUUGAUAACGGCAACAAUGGUAACGUAUCUCGACCAAUUCGUCCAGGUGUGAUUUCAGAGAAUGAGGUGAAUCGACUACGGCUUUCUCGUGAAGAGCUGAUGAAGGUACCGCAGAUGAAGUCGUAUGUCCGUGGCUUUCCAUCAAGCACUAUCGUAGUGAACAACAUUUCACAUACAAUGGAUGAGAAAGACUUACGCUCGGUUUUCGGCUAUGUUUUACCACUGGACAUGAAUCUCGAUUUGAUAAAAAUGAAGCGUCGGCCAGCAAAGGGUUCUGUUUUGAUCUCUUACCCUGAUGAAGUGUUGGCUAUAGCAGCAGUGAAUGCGCUGCAUGGCGUACAGCUUGAAGGCAAACCACUGAUGAUAGGUUUCAACACUACCUGUGAAGAAUCUUCAGACGCAUCCGUUGUUAUUGCACGUUGGACGCUGCAGGAUCUUGAACAGAAGCGGUUGCUCGAAAACCAACUUGCUUCAGAGAAAGCCAUGAAAAAGUAUGAACGUGGGGAAGCUUCAGACACACUUUACGUGAAGAAUCUUGCUCAAACAGUGGAGUUGGCCGACCUUUUUGCUGUCUUUGGAGCUGUUCUGCCACCUGAAUCGGGGCCAGAUGACCUGAAUAUCCGCCAUUUCACUGUAGGCCGAAUGAAGUGUCAGGCCUUCGUAAAAUACACCACAGUUCAGCUUGCAUCAAAAGCCUUACAUCAAGUGCAUGGUGUAGUGCUGAAAGAUAAACCGCUCAUUGUGUGCUUUCGUAAAUCGCAGUCAGACACGAAUCAAUCACUUCUCUAA